CAUACAUACUCAUCUCUUUCUCUCUCUAUAUCUCUUUCUUUCUUGUUCAUUGUUUCUCUGCCAAUUUAGUCGUGUUUCAUAGCUUUAAAUCAGUUGCAAGUGGAGGGUACCUUAGGGUAUUUUGUUGUUUGGAAUUUUGUAAGCUAUAUUUGCGGGAUUCUACUUCUUGAGGUGGAAUUGGGUCGUUGUUAUGGGAUUUGAGCCUGUUGUUUUUAUUAUAAGAAGGUAAAGGGCUGGUGCUGGAGAGUUGUAAUGGAAACUGGUCACCAGGUGUCGGUGCCUUCUAUGGCACCUUCGCUUGUGUCGGGAGGGUUGUCGCAUUCUUCUUAUAGUUCUGGAAUCUUUUUCCAAGGAGAUGGACAGCGACAAUCUGUGGGGAAUAAUUAUUUGAGUUCAUCUUUUGGAACUUCGUCAAAUUCAAUUCCGGGAGUUAUGCAUGCUAGUCUAGGUUCUGUGGAUGCGAGUGAUGUGUUAUUAAACAGCUUGGGAAACUCGGGUCCAAGUGUGGGUGCAAGUUCGUUGGUAACCGAUGCCAAUUCUGUACUUUCAGGAGGUCCACAUCUACAAAGAAGUACGAGCAUCAAUACAGACUCUUACAUGCGUCUACCGGCAUCACCCAUGUCGUUCACAUCCAAUAAUGUAAGUGUUUCUGGUUCAUCAAUUAUGGAUGGAACCUCUUUGGGUCAGCAGAGCUCCAAUCAAGAGCCAAGCACCCAACAAGGACAAUUAACUCAGGCUCAACAAGGUGCUUCAGCUGCUACUUCUUUGUCUGCAGCGAGGAUGGGUCAACUUUCACGAAUCCCUGGAUCUUUCAUCCAAGACCCAUCUAUGUCAUCAAUGCAAAAGAAACCUAGGUUGGAGAUAAAGCAAGAAGAUAUUCUGCAGCAACAGGUUCUGCAGCAACUGAUGCAGAGACAGGACUCCAUGCAGCUGCACAACCAAAACCCUCAGAUGCAAGCUAUUAUCCAGCAGCAUAGAUUACGACAGCAACAGCAACAAAUAAUACAGUCCAUGUCGCCCAUACAACGUGUACAAUUCUUGCAACAACAACAACAGCAACUUUCGUUGAGACAACAGCUUCAACAACCAGGCACACAACAUAUAUCUGGCGUGAAGCGAACCUUUGAGAGUGGCGCAUGUUCAAAUCGGCUAAUGCAGUACCUAUAUCAUCAGCAGCAACGACCAUCUGACAAUUCAAUUGCCUAUUGGAGGAAGUUUGUAGCAGAGUAUUAUUCACCACGCGCAAAGAAAAGGUGGUGCUUGUCACAAUAUGAUAAUGUUGGACAUCAUUCACUUGGUGUUUUUCCCCAGGCUACCAUGGAUGCAUGGCAAUGUGAAAUUUGUGGCUCCAAGUCCGGGAGAGGUUUUGAGGCAACAUUUGAAGUGCUACCAAGACUAAAUGAGAUCAAGUUUAACAGCGGUGUCUUAGAUGAACUCUUGUUCUUGGAUUUACCUCGUGAAGUCAGAUAUCCUAAUGGGAUAAUGAUGUUGCACUACGAAAAGGCUGUUCAAGAGAGUGUAUAUGAGCAGCUUCGUGUCAUUCGCAAGGGUCAGCUGCGUGUGAUAUUUAGUCCUGAUUUGAAGAUACUAUCUUGGGAAUUUUGUGCACAUCGCCACGAGGAGUUCUUUUCUAGAAAGUUAAUUGCUCCACAGGUAAGUCAGUUGCUACAAGUUGCCCAGAAAUGCCAGAACACAAUCAACGAAAGUGGGCCUGAUGGCAUCUCGAAGCAAGAUUUGCAGGCGAAUAGCAAUAUGGUUCUGGCUGGUGGCCGUCAGCUGGCAAGAACUUUGGAAUUGCAGUCGCUCAAUGAUCUGGGAUUUUCCAAAAGAUAUGUGAGAUGCUUACAGAUAGCUGAGGUGGUUAAUAGCAUGAAAGAUCUUAUGGAUUUCUGCCGAGAACAGAAAAUUGGUUCAAUUGAUGGUUUGAAAAGCUACCCUGGACAAUCUGCUGGUUCUGGGAAACUCCAAAUGGCAACAACAGAUGCAGAACAACAGUUGGCAGCUGCCCAGAAUUUGCCUUUAGAUGGCAGUAGUAGUUCUCUCAAUAAAUUAAGUAUAAAUAGCCAGAUGAUGACCAACAACAACAAUCGAGGAGUAGGAGGAACAACAACUUUGAAUGUGCCAGCCCAAGUUGUUGCUGCAUCAGCGGCUCCAACUAAUAAUAAUUAUCAAAACAUGAUGCUGAUGAGGCAAAAUUCCAUGAAUCACCACAACUCCAAUUCGUCACCCCAGCAGCACCAGCAGCAGCAACAGGAAACAUCAUCAUCGUCAUCUAUAAAUCAUCAUCAACAUCAUCAUAAUUCUACUAGUCAGAGAGCGUUGCAAGGAUCCAUCGGUGGUGGCAAUUUUGUAAAUAAUCAACGUCUCCAUGCAGGUAAUAAUAAUAAUAAUAAUAACAGACACGCCCAAUCUCCUCAAGACAACCAACAACAACAGCAACAACAAAUGAUUCAGCAAGUUCUUGUUGGUCAUCCUAAUAAUGCAUCAAAAGCUGGUAAUGGAAUGGGAGGAGCGGCAGCACCAAGCAGAAGUAACAGUUUCAGGGGUGGCAGCGGCGGUGGUGGUGGUGGUGGUGUUUCCAAUAGCGAUUCAUCUGCUGUAACUGCUGGGGAUAAUAAUAACAAGCAUGGAAGGAAAUCAUCGUCGGAUUUGACUAAUUAUCUACAUUUACCUGAUAACAUGUUUCAGGAUUUGGGUAAUGACUUUGGUGAGAAUGGGUUCUUUGGUGGUAGUGAACUUAACGACAAUAUGGGUUUUUCAUGGAAGUCCUAAUACCUACUACCCGGGAUUACUGAAAAUGUUGUUGGUUUUUGGAUGAAUGGAUGGUUGGGUUUUGUUGUUCGAGACAUCUUCUUUAUUAUCCUUGUACAGCAAUUUUCUGUAUCAUGUUUGUUUGUUUGUUUUCUCUGCGUGUGACAAUGGCUGCCAGUUUGUUUGUUAUUUCCAGGACCUGCAAUAUUUAGUUUUUUUGUUUUUUUUUUUAGAUUUUUUUUUUCAUCUUAUUUGGUGCUUUGGAUUUUCUCCUCCGGAGUUCCCUAAAUUGUAAUUUCAUAGCCUAACGUUUAUGAAGUAUGAACAAACUCUAGUUUCUAGAUUAUUUGCUGUUAUUGCAAUUUCAAUAUCCCUUACUCA